AUGUACAACAAAGUGAAAAGAGUUGCCGCAUUUCCGCUGAGUACUGCCGAGAUCUCCAAACAUCUGGUCAAACACCCUAAAUGGAGUUACGAUGGCCUCAGAAUUUCGCGCGACGUUGCUUUCAAGGAUUUUGAGACAACCUGGUCCUUUCUAGGCCAGCUAGCUAUGAGAAGCCAUUUGUGGGGUCACCAUCCAACAAUAACUACAACGUAUAACAAGGUUAAUUUAAGGUUGACUACACAUGAUGUGAAUGGAGUGAGUGAUAUUGACAUAAAGCUGAUGGAAAGAAUUGAAGGCUAUAUUGCGGGCCACGGGGAAGCCAGUGCUUGA